AUGAACUUUGCGUUAUACAAACGACGAAAGCUGCGGCAAAAACCCAACAUCUUGACUGUAGAGCAAUCUCAGGAAUUGGGACAUUUGGCGGGGAAUAAGCUAAUGAAAAAUGUUGCCGAUCAAGGGCUUAUUCCAAUCAACUUAUUUCGGCUUCGAAAACGAAAGUUGGAAGCAAUCUACAGCUAUCUGUUCAAUCAUCAAUUGACGCAUGACAAAGAACCUGCCAUUGAAGCAUUACAAACUCAUCAGCUGGCUGAAUAUUUAUUGAAUACAAUCUAUCCCGGCUACCCUGCAUGCAAAGCCAAGAAUUUAGCCUAUACAGAUUAUAGAGAGUGUCGAGAAAAGGAAGUGGGUCAGAUCAGCCCGCUUGCAUAUGAUUAUGUGCCGACAACGGAGGUUUACGAUAGAUUGGAUGAAAUACACAGGGUCGAUGUGAAUUGGCAGGAGGAUUACAAGAGCAUACCGUCUGUUGAUCUGUCGGUUCCCUCGAUCAAAAAGUCGCUGGAGCGAAUACGAAUCGCGCACAACAAUAAGUCUACCGACGGUAUUGAAUAUCAUCUGUGCUUUUGGAACUCUACUCGAACUUUAAUUAAACCUCAAUGCAAAUCACUGCAACUGAACUCUGAAGAGAUAUGGACGGAGCACAAGGAGAGGGUCGUCUCCGAGGGAUUCAUGCACAUUGAUAUAACGGACGAGCUGAAGAAAUGCUUAGCACGGCAACCUAGAAAGACAGUGAAUGGCAAUACACAAUCUCAUGAUAACAGUAUGCCUUCGACUAGACCAUCACCGCAUAUCGCUUCACAUCAUAGUAGCACAAAGACGAAAGCAUCGAAAAUGGCCGUGUCCAUCGCAACCACUACUCCGACGUCAGUAAUGGAUCAAACAAAACCCAUUGAAGAUUCUGCGUCAACUUUAAACGAAUAUCAGCCAAAGCCUGAAAGGAUGAUCAAAUUACAAGUUGAGUUACACGAUAACGAAGAGUUCAACAUUAGUCAUAUUUCAAUAUCUGCAGUUGUGAAAAAGUCCACGAACGAGAUGGUGUGUGAGCUCUAUUUGCAAGCAACAACUGAAUGUAUCAGUCGAUCUAUUCGAAAGAGCACAUUUCCACUGGAUACACAGCAGAUAACCAUUCAUUUGUUGAAGCAAUAUCAUCAAGCAGAAGGGCCGGAAGCUAAAUUGAAAAAUGCAGAAACGAUAUUCAUGACAUGUCAAAGUAACACAACGCUCUCCAUUUCAACUGAAACCUCUAGCGAAGAAGAGUACGAAGAAGGCGAACUGAACGAGACGGUUUCUUUGAUUGAUUUGACUACAGGAAAUCGAAUACAGCAUCCUGUCAAGAGUCUACAUUGUCGGCACCGUACCUGCUUUGAUGCAGCAUCGUUCUUCAAUCAUCAUGCUGACAUUAAACUCUGGCAUUGCCCAAUUUGCCUUGUGCAUAUCAAGAGUUUUGAGGAAUUGCGCAUAGAUUACACCACCAAAGAAGCCUUGAAUCAACAUCCUGGCGAAGAUAAAUUAUUUAUUUUUGGUGAUACUCUCAUAUCGGAAAACGAACUCUUCGGAGAAGCCAGUCUUCUGAUGGAUAAUUUGAAUGAUAGACUCAUCAUUGACAUUGAUGAUGAUGAAGAGGAUGCCCAAGGGCAAGAGCACUCAGAAAAGCAUCGGCUUGGUAAGAGAGCAGUACACACUAAUCAGAAUGGGUCCACCAAAAGCCACUCUACGCAGAAACGAUACAGAACCCUUACUCAUGUCAUGUAA